CGGCUUCCUUGCUUGUGGCGAAUGUGGCGACGCCAUUUUGCGUGUGAUAUUUUGGUUUUCCUGUUGAGUUUUAUCGUGAUUUGAAGUUAUUUGACUACGAUUUUGUAAAAUGGGUGAAGAUAAAGAUCGACGCCGUAGAUCUCGAUCUAGGGAGAGAAGGCGAUCCAGAUCGCGCUCGAGAGGAGAGCGUAGGGAGAAGAAAAGGAGCAGGUCCAGAUCACAAUCGAAGAGAUCUCGUCGUCGCAAGCCUUCUUUGUAUUGGGAUGUACCGCCUCCGGGUUUCGAACACAUCACGCCGUUGCAAUACAAGGCGAUGCAAGCCGCUGGUCAAAUUCCGGCUAACAUAGUGGCUGACACACCGCAAGCGGCCGUGCCAGUAGUUGGAUCUACAAUAACAAGACAAGCACGAAGAUUGUAUGUGGGAAAUAUUCCUUUCGGCGUCACUGAAGAAGAAACUAUGGAGUUUUUCAACCAGCAGAUGCAUCUAUCUGGUUUGGCACAGGCUGCUGGCAACCCAGUAUUGGCUUGCCAGAUUAAUUUGGACAAAAAUUUUGCAUUCCUGGAGUUCCGUUCAAUUGAUGAGACCACACAGGCUAUGGCGUUUGACGGUAUCAACUUCAAAGGACAGAGCUUGAAGAUACGGCGACCUCACGACUACCAACCAAUGCCUGGCACUGAGAAUCCAGCUAUUAAUGUGCCAGCUGGUGUUAUAAGUACAGUAGUUCCAGAUUCUCCUCACAAAAUUUUCAUAGGUGGCCUUCCAAACUAUCUCAAUGAGGACCAAGUGAAAGAAUUGCUGAUGUCAUUUGGUCAGCUACGAGCAUUCAAUUUGGUGAAGGAUUCUUCUACUGGCUUGAGUAAGGGUUAUGCCUUUGCUGAAUAUGUGGACAUUUCAAUGACUGAUCAGGCUAUAGCAGGUCUGAACGGAAUGCAACUGGGUGACAAGAAGCUGAUUGUUCAACGAGCUAGUAUUGGUGCCAAGAACUCUACACUAGCAAUGACUGGAGCGGCUCCAGUUCAACUUCAAGUGGCCGGAUUGACGCUGGCGGGCGCUGGACCUCCUACAGAAGUGCUAUGCCUUCUGAACAUGGUCACACCAGACGAAUUACGGGAUGAAGAGGAAUACGAGGACAUUCUUGAAGAUAUCAAGGAGGAAUGCAACAAGUACGGCGUUGUACGCAGUAUAGAAAUUCCCAGACCAAUAGAGGGUGUUGAAGUACCGGGAUGUGGAAAGGUAUUCGUAGAAUUCAACAGUAUUGCAGACUGUCAAAAGGCGCAACAAACCCUAACUGGGCGCAAAUUCAGCAACCGUGUAGUCGUAACGUCGUACUUUGAUCCAGACAAAUAUCAUCGCAGAGAAUUCUAAAAUUCUUACCCUUUUUAAAUCUACCCUUUCUUGUCAUUGUUAGUUCAUAUAAUUUUCGUGACAUGUUCAUUAAUGAAUUUUAUGACAAUCCAUCUCUAAUGUAUUUAACACAACUAAGAAUAAAG